AUGUCGCUGUUAGACAAGCGCAAAGCUUCAUCGACUGCAGCGGGGCCAUCAUCCGUUGCUGUGGCGUCCUCAUCGAAGCGUGUUCGAAUGGAUGAGCCAAGCCGAGGUCAACGCAGACGCGAGGAGACCGACUUUUUCGACGGUGAUCCCGAAAUCGAAGAAGAGGAUCGUCGGCGCAUCCGAAAGGACCAAAAGAGCGGCCGUAUAGAUGAUCGUGGCCAAGAUCUGUCUGAAUCGGAUGAGUCAGACGACAACAACGCCGACCCUUUCAACGAAGACGAGGACGACUCGGAUGGAGAGGCGGACGCAGGAUCGCAUCGGAGGAGAGCAGACAAGAAGCGACGAGGCGAUGCGGCAGGCGCAGCAGGUGACGAUGAUGACGAGGAUAUGUUUGAUGUUGAGAAUGAUGAUGAAAAGCAGACGUCAAGCGCAAGUAAGGCAAUUCGAAAAGCUCAAACCCGUGGCAAGUACCUCAAGCUUGGCGAACUGGAAGAAGGUCAAGACUUUGGCUCAAAUAACCGUUCCACAUUGGACGCUGCAGACGACGAAGACGCAAAACUGCUCAGAGGCAAAGGCAAGGACGACGAUGAUGAUGACGACGACGAUCUGGAUCCUGAACUCGAGCUUGAGGACGAUGACGAAGGCGAUCAGAGCAGUAAUGAUCAAGAUGGCUCGGAUCGUGAUGGCUUUGUCGAUCUCAACGCCUUGGCAGAGCGGUCACCCUCCACCUCCCCCGGCGGCACUCCUCUCUCCACCUCUCGCAAUUCCAAGUCUAAAAAAAGCAAAAAGCAAAAACCACCAAAAGUGACAGGCUUCAACAUGAAGGAAGAGAUGCGUACCGGCAAGUUCGACGCCGACGGCAAUUACCACGAGAACCAACGCGAUCCACACGCACAGCACGAUGCCUGGCUCACCGGCGUCUAUUCCAAAUCCAAGAUCCUCGAAGCACGUAGAGCUCAACAGAAGCGAGACCAGGACGCAAGGGACAAGGAAAAAGCAGCACAACGGGCGGAUGGCGACGAGGAUGAAGUGAAGAAGAGGCUGGUGGAAUACAUGCAUCGCUACGAAACGGUGCAAAGGACGCUGCAGAGGCUGGGCAAAGUAUUAGCAACCGAGAAGAAGCGACUGAAAGCCAUAACAGUUGACAAAGAUGACGAAAAGCAAGCAGUGGCGUCAGCAGGGGCAGACGUAGAGACCGUCACCCAUCUCUCUUCUGUGCUCAUGUCACGCUUUGGUCGACUUGACAUCUACGACCAGACGUACGAGCAGCUCUUGCAUGAUGUGCGCAAAUCAGGUCUGACUCGACAAACUUUUGAUCCCGCAGCAAAGUUCGACCCGCCUCCAGCGGCGGCUGCUUCGGCCAAUCACUCUGAUGAUCUUUCUGCUGGCGCUGCUGGUGCAGGAGAGUGGGAAUACCGCUGGGCACCCUCUUACCUCGCCACAGCCGCACGAGAAUCUAACACACCAGUUGACCCCGAGGUUCAGAUCUUUGGUCCGUUCAGUAUUGCCGAUCUCAAGAGCUGGGCGGAGCAGGGGUAUUUCGGCGAUGCUGGAGAACGCAUUUUGCUCAGACCAAGGGGCGCAAACGAUGCAUGGCAGGCCUACAACGAUGUUGCUGCGAUUGCAAGAUAA